CUCUCUCAAUAUUCACCCUACUUCUAAAAUCGCCAACGCGCGCAUCUCGCUAGGGUUUCUUCAAGCUUUCUGAAAAAUACAUACAAAAUGACUCACGACGCUGUUUGGUUCUCCCGUCCCAGAAAAUUCGGAAAAGGUUCUCGCCAGUGCCGUCUCUGUGCCCACCAGGCUGGUCUUAUCCGCAAGUACGGCCUCGACCUCUGCAGGCAAUGUUUCCGUGAAAAGUCUGCUGCUAUCGGUUUCGUCAAGUUGCGUUGGAUUCGACCCAUUCGCUUUGCGUUGCCCCUGCUUUCGGAAAUAAAACUUCCAAUGUCCGGGCAUCCUCACGUCUAAGUUCCGUGCCUGCAUUCCAACUCUUUGCCGCUCUAUCUAGUAGGAGUCUAAAUGUGCGGUGCUACAAGUCACGAAUGCAAACGAUGGUAUAUUGCAAUCAAGACACUCCAAAUGAUACACACAAUGAGGCAAAGCAU